AAACUUGGGACAUAAACAACCCUCCUGAAUUCCUCCCUCUCUUCAAUCUCAUGGCUCCCACGAAACCGUUCGCAGGCCCUCUCCGUAAGCUCGUCUUUGCCUUCGACGUUGGGACUACGUUCUCCGGGAUCGGCUAUGCCAUCCUCGAUCCUGGAGUAAUUCCCAAAGUACAAGCCGUUACUCGUUUCCCAGGACAGGAAAAUGGCGAUUUCAAGAUUCCGUCUAUUUUGUACUAUACACAGGACGGUAAGGUGCAUGCAGCCGGCGCCGAGGCGGCUGCGCCGCUGAUGAAGCUCGAGGCGGAGGACUUGAACUUGGUCUUCGUGCAAUGGUUCAAGCUACACCUCCGUCCCCGUACAAUGGGUGUAGAGUCUGCGGACACUCUUUAUCCUUUGCCUCAUGGCAGGACCGUCCUGGAUAUAUUUAGCGAUUUCUUGUCAUACUUGUUUACUUGUGCCCGAACUUUCAUCGUCGAGACGCAUGCAAACGGCCAGAGUCUCUGGGACUCCGUACAAGGUAGCAUCGAUUUUGUCCUAAGCCAUCCCAAUGGUUGGGAAGGUUUGCAACAAAGUGGAAUGCGACGUGCCGCUGUGCUUGCCGGUCUGAUCCCGGAUAAUGCCACUGGCCAUGGACAAGUGCACUUCGUGACGGAGGGUGAAGCCAGCUUUCACUAUUGCCUUGAUAACGGGUUGGCUUCAGAUGUUAUAAAGGAUGGUGCUAAUAUCAUUAUCAUCGACGCCGGCGGAGGAACGGUGGACUUGUCCACCUACACGGUCUCGACGACAGCACCGAUCUCUGUCGAGGAAAUAACUUCCCCAGACUGUAUCCUUCAGGGAUCAACGAGGAUUAAUGUGCGGGCGCUCGAAUUCCUGCAGGCGAAAUUACUCAACUCUCGUUACGGAAAUGAAGAGGACAUCGCCACUAUGCUGGAACAAUUUGAGAAAACCACCAAGUUAACCUUUAGAAAUCCAAGCGAGAAGUCAACUAUCAAAUUCGGCUCGAACCGAGACAAGGACCCAGAGUUCGAUAUCCGUAGCGGUCACCUUACUCUCGAAGGAGCUUCAAUUGCGAAACUCUUCAACCCAUCCGUCGAAGGUAUCAUCGAUGCUGUGCGGAAGCAGCUAGAGUCCGCUUCAGGCAAAGUGGGGGCGGCAUUCCUGGUUGGCGGUUUCGCCGCAAGUCCGUAUCUAUUCUCUAGCUUACGGGAAUUGCUGAAGGAGGAGGGAUUAGACAUAUGCCGACCAGAUAAUUAUACCAACAAAGCCGUAGCUGAAGGGGCUGUUUCUUUUUUCCUCGAACACUUCGUAACCGUUAGGGUGACGAAAAUGGCUUAUGGCUCGCCCCAUCAGGACCCCUGGGUCCUGCCCCAUCAUACUCAUUACGAUUCUAAUAAUCCCGAACACCGUCAUCGUAGUGUUCAGGCCUACACCCGCCCGUCCGGAAAAGUCGUAGUGCCUAACGCGUUUUCGAUAUUCUUACAGAAGGGAUCUCGCAUCCGGGAAAGCGAAGAGCGUAGCAUUGCACUCAACCUGGAGGCUGUCGAACCCUCAUCCCUUAAUAACAUAACGGUCAACAUCGUGUCCUACAGGGGCAACGAGCCCAAACCUCACUGGACUGAUUUGGAGCCUGAUCUUUUCUCGACUUUGUGUACAGUCACUGCAGAUACGUCGGCCGUUACAAGAGUCAAGCAACUUGGAACGAACGGCGUGUACUAUACCCAGGAUUUCAAGGUCGUUCUCAUGUGCGGUCUCACUGAGAUGAAGGCACAUAUUAGUUGGAUUCAGGAUGGCAUAGAGAGACAGGGAGCAGCGAAGAUUGUUUACGAUGUUGAGGCCACUUGUUGAUCCUAUUGCUCCGUGUUCUUGAGCCCGAGCAUCGUGCUUGUGAUCACACCGUCAAUACUGAAGUCGUACAUGUACUAGUAGCUAUUUGUUCUGCCAGCGUCAGGCAAUUCCGAGACUACGUGUCGUCUCUGCGCACACUUCCUGUCUCAG